AUGGGUCCCUGCGCGGCCCAGGUCGGGCGCGUGUGGGUGUGUGUGCGCGUGCAUGCCGUGUCUGUGUGCGAGGGGCCGGGAGGGGCGUGCGUGUGCGUGCUCGCGGGGGCUGCUGCUGAUGUGUGCGAUGGGGCGGGCCGCGUGUGCAGUGUGUGCGUGUGUGUGUCCGCGUGUGAGCAGGGUGGCAGCCCCAGCGGCCUGCGCCUGACCAUGCAUGCCACGUGGCCAGCUGAGUUCUGGACCUGCUCUGGAGUUUGCCUCCCCAAACCCCUCCCCAUCAAUAAAACUCUGUUUACAACCACCGGCCCCCAUGCGUCGGCUCUGCUCUGUGUCCUGGGAACCCCGUUCUUGCUGUGGCUACUAGCAGUGUGGACCCCGAGCCUCAGGGCUUGUGCGGUGAGCAAUUCGGGGAACAGCAGCUCCGUCUCCUGCCACUCGCUGGCCGAGCCCCCCAUCCACUUCCCCUCCGACGUGGACUAUAUGGUCUUAGAGUUCUCCAACAUCACCGAGCUGCCGGCCGACUUGCUCCAGGGUGUCCCCGACCUCCAGGAAUUGCACCUGUCCAGUAAUGGGCUGAGGAACCUGUCAGCUGGAUUCCUGCUGCCUGUGCCCGGCCUGCAGGUGCUUGAUCUGACCGGAAAUGCCUUGACCUCGCUGCCCCCUAGCUUCUUCCAGGCCUCGGGUGCCCUCCGCACCCUGGUGCUGAAGGAGAACUUUCUGGAAGCCCUGCCGGGCCUGAGCAGCCUGAGGUCCCUGAAGCACCUGGACGUGUCUGGGAACCGCCUCCAGCGCCUGCCCCCAGGGCUGCUGGUUAACCUCACGGCCUUGCAAAUCCUGGACCUCAGCCACAACCGCCUGGAGACUUUGCCCCCUGACCUCCUGCAGGGCCCGCUGCACUUGGAGCGGCUGCAUUUGGAGGGGAACAGGCUGAGGGCGCUGGGUGAGGACCUGCUGGCACCCCAACCCCGCCUGCAUCUUCUCUUCCUGCAGAACAACAGCCUGAGUAUCGUGGCUGCCGGCGCCUUCCGGGGCCUCUGGGAGCUGGACAUGCUGGACCUGUCCAACAACCUGCUGGCCGGCUUGCCCGCGGGGCUCUGGGCGUCCGUGGGGCAGCCGACCCGGGCCAUGAAGCACGGCUUCGACAUCUCUGGCAAUCCCUGGCUCUGCGACAGAGGCCUGGAUGACCUCUACCGCUGGGUGGUGGCCAAUAACGACACAAUGUUCUCCAGGAAGGACACGGUCUGCACUGGGCCGGAUGCCGUGAAAGGCCGGCUGCUGUUGGAGGUGGCUGCGUCCCACUGA